GAUCUUCGGCCAAUUGGCCCAUUUUCGACUCAUGUCCUGCCGCCAUCGCAGAGCCUUUCGGGUGACCUUGGUCAUUGGAUGGACAGUGCAUCUUAGUGCGACUCUGUUCGCGCAGCCAGGAAUCAGCAGACGCGCUGCAAUGGCAGGACCUUGUGUUUCCAUCUUCGGAGCAGCAUCUCCAGCACAUGCAAAGAAUUGGUUUGAUGUCAUUUGGGGCCUGAAGACAGACGAGCAGGUCAUUGAAAGUGAGGAGAAGGAUGUGGAGGAGGAUUUGAAGAACCAGCCCUGGACAAACUUCUUGGACCGCGCACGCCUCAUGAACCUGGAGGCCGUGUUACAAGCAGAGGAAGAUACUGUCAAGGCAGAGGAGAAGGAUGUUGAGCGGACCGCCAGCAGAGGGAAGGCCUACCAGCAGGAUCAGAAGUACCAAAAGGACGAGCAGCGUCUGAAAGGUUUCAGCAAGCUGGCCGAGAAGCUGCGCUUCAGCAACCAGGAAAGCGAGGAGCUGAGCGAGCUGCAGGGUAAGUUGUCGACCCUGCAGUGAUGCCACGGAAAA